GCCCAGCUGAGAGAUCUCAGUGGUUUAUUCAGCAAGGGUGGUGCAAACGUCAGGGGAGAUGACGUGCGAGAGCAUCAACAGGGCUGAGUGGCACACAGUGAAACAACAGGAUGGCGCAACCUCUGGAUUUAGUGAUCAAGAGACUCUUUUGUCAGCAGCUCAGGCAAUCAGAUGGGCGUUUCCGAGGUGCGAUUUCCAGCCCGUCGGAAAACCUAAAUAAUACCUAAUAAUGGACUUUCAUCCUUCGUAUUCGAGAACUCAACGCCCGAACCUAAUACCUAGAUAAUAAACAGCUCCCAAAGUCUCGAAUCUCUCUCUGGCUGGACAAUAACUUCUACACGAUCGCGAAUAAAAAUAAAUGGUACUAGGAACUAAGAACUAUGAGCUAGAACCACGCGUCUGUGCGAACUGUUUCCCCGAGCCUUGCUAAGAAAAUGUCUACGUCCUACGGCGAAGAUAGCCCCUUGCUGGGCGCAGACGCGGCAUCGAUACGUUCGUCUUCGAUCCUCAAGCCCCCGACGGAUGACGAAGAAGACGGGCCUUCUUCACCACCCGAGUUCGGAAAUAUCGAGGACGACGUCUUACCCGAGGAGUCCGUCCUAGGCCGUAACAUCGACUGGAAAAGCGCUUAUAUCAUCGCCAUCUCGAGAGUCAUCGGAAGUGGCAUCUUCGCAGUCCCGGGAGUUAUUCUGUCUUCCGUCGGAAGUGUGGGUCUUUCGCUUUCGAUUUGGAUCCUUGGCGCCGUCGUGGUGGCAUGCGGCCUAACGGUAUCUCUUGAAUAUGGUUGCAUGCUGCCGCGGUCUGGCGGAGACAAGGUAUACCUCGAGUUCACGUAUCCGUGGCCACGCUUCUUUGCCUCGACCAUGAUCGCGGUUCAAGCCGUGCUUCUAGGUUUCACGGCAAGUAACUGCGUCAUCUUCAGCCAAUAUGUGCAUUUCGUAUUCGACGUCGAGGCUCGAGACUUUUCUAAGAAGGCCCUGGCGGUUGGACUCCUUACUGUCAUCACUAUUAUUCACGGUGUCUGGUACAGAGCUGGCAUACGCAUCCAGAACUUCCUGGGCUGGAUCAAGGUGGGACUCGUCGUAUUCAUGGUGUUAUCAGCUCUUUACGUCGUGGUAGUUAGGCCCGAGCAGGAAGAUGCGGACCUAAGACCGAAGAAGAUACAAUCUUGGGAAGGACUAUGGGAGGGGAGUGACUGGAAUCUUGGGACCCUGGCGACUUCGUUGUUCAAGGUCUUCUAUUCUUAUGCUGGUCUAUCCAACCUGAAUAACGUUAUGAACGAAGUGAAAGAUCCUGUCAGAACCUUGAAGUCGGUUUCUCUGACGGCUCUGUUUACUGCGUUGCUGUUGUACUUGCUUGCUAAUCUCGCUUACUUCGCCGUGGUGCCCAUCGAGGACAUCAAAGAGAGCGGUCAACUAGUUGCAGCAUUAUUCUUCGAACGUACAUUUGGCCCCAACAUCGGCAAGAGGUUUCUACCCUUGGCCGUUGCGCUCUCGGCAGCAGGGAAUGUUAUGGUAGUGACAUUUUCGACGGCGCGUCUGAAUCAGGAGGUUGCUCGUGCGGGCUUUCUGCCAUUUUCUAGAUAUCUAUCGUCUUCGAAGCCUUUUAACGCACCAUUGGGAGGAUUAAUUGUGCACUGGAUCCCUUCCGUUCUAGUCAUUAUACUCCCGCCGUCGAGCGAAGUGUACUCCUUCAUAUUAGAAGUGGAGGGUUACCCAGGACAAGUAUUUGCGCUUGCAACGUCAAUAGGACUUAUCUGGCUGCGAUAUAAGCGACCGGAUUUGAAACGGCCGUUCAAAGCCUGGAUCCCGGCGGUCAUCUUUAGAAUCGUCCUAUGCUUUUCUUUACUAGCUGCCCCCUUUUUCCCUCCUUCGCAUCCGAAACCCGGCGGUCUAUUUUACGCGACAUACGCCAUUGUUGGCGUCGGCAUACUCUUAUUUGGAGUCCUAUACUGGCUUAUAUGGACAGUUGUAUUACCCCGACUCGGCGGGUAUAGCUUGGAAGAGAAGCAAGACGUGCUAGAUGAUGGGACGGCUAUCACAGUGCUAACACGGGUACCGAAGGAUGUUGACUAAUUACUUAAAUAUUUGGUGUUUCACGACUCUGCUUACUGCGUGUAUAUUGAUGUUGAGUAAUUACUCGGGAACAUUUUUCAAAUUCGGCUGUAGCAUUUGGCCGUGGUUGUGUAAUUUAUCAUCAUGUCAUAUUGAGCCGCAGUUAGACGAAACCCAUAACCUAGAUGUUAAUGAAAACAAAGGCUAUACAUAAACUAGCAAUACAGAAUAAGUAAACGUACUUAGGUAGAAAACGAGAUAUGACAAA